UUGCAGUUACAAACGCAGUACAACGACUUGAAGGAUGAUGAAGUGAACAUAAUUUCGGGUGCGCUGGAACUACGCAAGAAGAUCGCUGGUGAUGUAAUGACCAAACUGGAGGAUGUCUACAUGCUUUCUGUCGAUGCUGUCCUCGAUUUUGAGACAGUCUCCGAAAUCAUGAAGUCAGGCUUCUCAAGAAUCCCUGUUUACGACGCGCGUCAUAAUAUCAUCACGAUGUUCUUCAUAAAAGACCUGGCGCUGGUCGCUGAUGAUAACAUACCCUUGAAGACGUUGUGCCAGUUCUAUGAAAACCCCUGCUACUUUGUCUUCGAAGACACCACGCUCGAUAUACUGUUCAAGCAGUUCAAGGAAGGAAACAGAGGUCAUAUGGCAUUCGUACAUCGCGUCAAUUCUGAAGGAGACGGCGAUCCGUUCUAUGAAACCGUUGGUAUCAUAACUCUGGAGGAUGUCAUUGAGGAAAUAAUUCAGGCGGAAAUUAUGGACGAAACAGAUGUUUGGACCGAUAACAGGUCUAAACACAGGCGGGGCUCUAGAAGGAACCCCAAACAAGAUUUUACAAAGUUUGCCGAGCGAAGCGAGAUCCAGCGAAUUCAUAUUUCGCCGCAACUCACGUUGGCUACAUUCCAGUACUUGAACACUUCUUGCGAGCCGUUCAAGUCGGAAUUCAUCUCGGAAUCAGUCCUGAGUCGUCUCCUGCGGCAGGACAUCAUCCACCAGAUCAAGGUGCGUAAGGACAAGUCGCGAAAGGACGACCCACACCUGGUGAUCUACCAGCAGGGCAGACCGGUCGACUUCUUCAUCCUGAUCCUGGAGGGGAGGGUGGAGGUGACCGUGGGCAGGGAGAACCUCAUCUUCGAGAGUGGGCCGUUCACCUACUUUGGACUGCAGGCGCUCACGCAGACUGUUGGCGUUGCUGAAUCACCGACUGGUACGGCCACCUCACACAGCCAAUCCCAGCAGCUGGGCAGCUUGCAGAGUGUGAACCUGGACUUGAUGCUGCGUCACUCGUUUGUGCCGGAUUACACCGUACGCGCAGUGACGGACAUCUUCUAUUUGCGCGUGCGCCGCUCGCUCUACCUGGCCGCCAAACGUGCCACCCUCAUGGAGCGCUGCAAGAAGAACGAGGAAGUCGUCAGCAGCGGCGAUGUAUUUGACGAUGAGGUCGAGAAAGUGAGACUUGCAGUUUUCUAUGAACAUGAAAAUGAACAAACUAUCCAAUUGUCCUUGAAGCAGUAUUUCAAGAGGCUCAUUUUUAGCAGAGUUUCCGAAGCAAUUACUCGACUCGGUAGCAGUAAUUGUGUUAUGAGUCGAGUGAGAUUAUCAUAUGAUGCAAGAAGAGGCACAAUAUCUGAGGAAGAUUUUUAAUCUGUGACUGUAAUAUAAUAUGCAGGGACCCUCCUUAAAUAUUAUAUUCUGUGAUUGUACAGAGUGUUCAGAAAGUCACUGCACCAAGUAUUUCAUUUCCAUAUAAUUCAAGUA